AUGAAGGAUUAUACUGGAAGAGUGUGGUUUCUACGCACUUCAGAUUCACAAAAGGGAAGAAAACUACAAGAGUUGCCGCCGGCCUUCGCCCACACGCGGCGGCGCGUGCCCGCAGUGGGCUUCCUCGCCCGCAGCGGGUUUCUGCGCCCGCCAUCGGCUGGCGGCGUUCGGCUUCGGCCGCCAGCGGCCAUCUGCGCCAGCCGGCGGCGGCCGCCUGCGAGCAUCUGCGCCUGCCAGCGGCCGGCGGCCGCCUGCGGCCUUCUGCGCCCGGCAGGGGCCGGCGGCGGCCGCCUCCGGCCUACUGCUGCCGCCAGCGCCCGGCAGGGGCCGGCGGCGGCCGCCUCCAGCCUGCUGGGCCCGCCAGUGGUCGGCGGCGGCUGCCUGCGGCCUUCUGCGCCCGCCAGUGGCCGGCUGCGGCCUUCUGCGCCGGCCAGCGGGCGCCUGCGCCUACCUGCAGGUGUGCCGGCUGUUGUCGGACGCCAGUUGGCUGCUGGCGGCUGUGCCAGCCGACAUCUGGUUGCUGUGCCAGCCGGCAGCUGGCUGCUGGUGCCACGAGAAAUUUGA